AUGACACUGCUCGGCAUCAUGCUCUUUGGCUCGUCGAGCCGAGAAAAGCGCACUCCUUUUCUUCCCCAUGGGAGCCGUCCGUUCUCAGCUCGAAGCUUUUGUUGGAAGACGCCGAUGUAUGUGUGCAAGCAAGUGGCUUCUCAGCUGAUGCGCAGUUCGAAAAAGAAUAAUAUUUCAGGAAAAAAGGUCAUUAAAAAACUGAUUCAAUUAAUUACGCGGUUCCACCGCUCAUUCGCAUCUUAAUCCAGACACAAGACGGAUGAAUAAUGACUGACUUCUGCCUUGAAAAUUCAACAACCUGCAGCUAUCGAUUGAAAAGCAAUAGGAGAGUGAGGUGCUUCGGGGAACUGCGGACACUCUUUUUUCUUUUAAGUUGAAAUUUUCCAAAAGGCUGCUGUUGCAACGAAAUUAGAUGUCUUCAAAAAAAUGGAAUACCUUUUCCAUUUUUUAAAACCACUCAUAUCUGACCGGAUUAACCUUCAGAGACAUCUUGGAUCGAGAUUAGUGAGAGACGUCAUUAAGACUUUGCCCUACUCGAUUCAUCGAUGUAGCGUGUCUAAUAACGGGAAGCGUUGACAUAUACAGUAUGAGUAUUUUUUUGGUUUUUCGUUGAUGAAGUUGUCCCCUUCAAGUACCACCUCUACGCGGUGAUGGGGAGGCAACGCCAUUUAUGGCGGCUAACGGUACACCGGUCACGCAAUUCGGCUUGCUUCUGCUAACAGAAUGGGCGGUCUUUUUUAGCCCUGGCAAGGCAAAAAGGAUAAUAAGACCACAAUUAUGCUAUAACACGUUCAACACCACGGAUGGAACUUUUUCGCAAGAAUGCCAGUCAACCAGGACGACAACACUGGAUGACCGAUUGCAUAAGAUCUCCUGGAAAACGUGUGGUCCACGCUUCGAUCAAUAAAAGGCAAUAAAAGGUCGAAAGCGAAGAUGGACCAUCUAAGUAUCUAAGUAAGUAAGAAGUUGUUGAAAACGACCCUGAAAUUGGUUCAAAUUUCCGGUCAAAAGAUUUUUUUUGACAGAGUUAUGGAUGAAAAACCGAAAAAUGUGUGCUCCAGUCUUCUAAAAAUAUUACAUCGUAAACUCGGUUCUUUUUGAAAAAAAAAACUUUGGAAAAGGUGCGGUAAACCGGAAAAAAUCUCUUUUGCGAUUCUAAUUUGUAAUUUUACGCAAUUGUCCGUUGGUGCCGCCAUCUUCACUCUUUAUUAAUUCAAACUGUGACAUCCGCUGUUUUUUUUGCAACUCGGCUGAACGCAUCGGAACGAAUCCAGAUCUACAAUAGGAGACAAGAUGGAGGGGCAACAGAAGGCUUGAUUAGGUCAGGUCGGUCGGACGACGGCGGCGAGCGGGAGCUGGACCAGCUGUCACCCCAUCGCCUUACAUGGAACAUCUGCUCCUCCUUCUCUGCUAGCUCUCUUAUUUUCCGAGGGAUUGUAUCGUUUUUGGCCGUCGGUUCGAGAGGGGCCAUGGUAAUGGACUGUCUGGAGGUGAGACAGCUGCACACGGUUAUUGCGGGAUGA